AUGCAAAUCGAUUUACCUAUACUGGUGCAUGAUAUGAUGGUUGGGAAACCAGAAGACACAAUAAAAAUAAAUAUGACUGAGUUUAUUUUACAGAUGGGUAUUAAUGCUGCUCAAAUUGUAGGUGGUGAAAUAGAUAUAUCGUUUUUCAACAGUAGUCAUGCACCAUAUGUGUCUAUUGAAGCAUUAUGUGAUAAAGAUAGUAGAUCAGCAAACAAAAAUGGCAAUAAUGAAUUCAUUAAAGAAGAUGCUUCUAGAUAG